AUGUCGAAAAUAAAGAAAUUGACGGGGUCAUUUCGAUACACACAAUGGGACCCAUGCCUUAUAAUAUCCCAGAUUUUAGCAAUGCAGUUCAUGCUCUACGUUACUCUUAGUCUUCUGGUCGCGAUUAUGCAGGACCUAACCGGAUCUACGAGGACUUUAGACCACAUAUUUGAAUAUCAUGAAAUUCAUGUUAAAGAUAGCGAAGGGCGAUCAAUGAUAUUUGCAUUUGUCCUAAAUGCCGUUGUUGGUGCAUAUUUAUUAUGGUUGCUGGUAGGACGAACAAAGCUGUGCUUGGAUUUCAGUUGCACAUAUUAUGGAAUCCACCUUAUUGUGUGUUGGUUCUACAAUGGAUUAUUUCCUACGACUUUCUCAUGGUGGGCGUUGAACAUUUCUUGUGCUGCAAUCAUGUGUGUAGCAGGUGAGUUUCUCUGCCUCAGGACAGAGUUACAAGCCAUACCACUCAGUAACAUUGGAGCUAAAGUUGAUUUAUGA